AUGGCAGACGCCUCUUAUCCCCGCCCAGACUUUGUGCGAGCCGGUCUGCACUGGGAAUCGCUCAACGGCGCUUGGGACUUCAUUUUUGACGACGGCGAUGUAGGGCUACAGAAGCGCUGGCAAGAUGCAGGCCUUCCCAGCGAGAUUGCGGUGGAAGCUGUCGGCGCCGCCAGCAACGAUGGCCUCGGCGGCGAAAGCGACAGCAUCACGCAACGCAUCGCUGCGGGCACCCAAGAACUCCUGCCGGGCAACGCCUUGUCCAGAAACUCGGCCAUUAUCAACCGCAAGCGACAGAUCCAGGUCCCAUAUGUAUUCCAGUGCCCUGCUUCGGGGAUCAAUGACCGCGGCGUCCAUCAAGUAUUGUGGUACGAGCGCUCCGUCACCGACCUGCGGUCAAGCCAAGAAAAGGACCGCGGAGACAGGCUCUUGUUACGAUUCGGGGCCGUCGAUUACGAAGCCCGCGUGUGGGUGAAUGGUCGUGAAGUCGGGGGGCAUCGCGGCGGCCAUGUCCCGUUUGACGUUGACGUUACCGACGCUGUCGAUCAAGCCGGGGCCGGUCCGCAUCGGAUCACGAUCCGGGUCUAUGACUCUGCGUAUGAUUUGACCCAGCCGCGUGGGAAGCAGUACUGGGGGGCGAAGCCGGAGAGCAUCUUUUACACUCCCUCGGGUGGUAUCUGGCAGUCGGUCUGGCUGGAGGUUGCUCCUCGGGCGAGGAUUGCUGACAGCUCCCGUGGAACUGUUCUUCGAUCUAAUGACAUUGAUUCGGGGAUUCUGUACUGCCACGUUGCCGUGCUUGGUCGAAGAGUCGGCCGGAACUACAGCAUCGAGAUGGAAAGUUGGUUCGGGGGCGUCUCGGUCUCCAAGUCGGGGCCUAUGGCCCUGCCGAAUGACAAAGAGUCUGUCGAUGUCGAACUCAAGAUGCGCAUGUCCGAGAACCAAAAGUCCAGCAUCUUGCCAGGCACCAUUGACACAGAUUCAUUGCAAAAUCCAUUGUGCUGGAAAGACGGAGUCGCACUGUGGUCUCCAGAGCACCCGCUACUCUAUGGCAUUACCAUCAAUCUUAUCGAUCCAUCAACCGGAAAUGUCUUGGAAACGGUCAAUACAUCAACGGGAAUGCGAUCCAUAGAAUGGCAAGCCGGAGAUGGCUAUUGGCGACUCAAUGGGAAACCUUAUUUCCAAGCUCUUUGUCUCGACCAGGGCUACUGGCCAGAGACCUUCAUGACGGGCUCGUCGGCCGAAAUCAAGCACGAUAUCGAGCUGGCCAAGAAAAUGGGCUUCAAUGGCUGCAGAAAGCAUCAAAAGGUUGAAGGGCCGCUGUUCUACUACUUUGCCGACAAACUCGGUUACCUCGUCUGGGCCGAGAUGGCAAACGCCUACCAAUUCAGCCGCGAAUACAUCGACCGCUUCAACCAAGAGUGGGUGGAGUCGGUCAAGUUGGCCAUAAAUCAUCCCUCGGUUGUGACUUGGACGCCGGUGAAUGAGAGCUGGGCGUACACGUCGCUUCAGGAUAGUGUUGAGCAGCGCAAUCACAUCCGAGCGCUGUAUUUCCUGACAAGCAUCAACGAUAACUGCGGGUGGGAGCACGUCCACACAGAUCUCACAACCUUCCACGACUAUAGCGACGGGCCAGAGCUCGCCAAGACAUGUGCCAGCUUAGAUGCCAUACUGGACAAGAAGGCGGGCCGUCAUCUAUUUGUCCCCGCUAUCAAAGGUCUAGACAAAGGUGCACAGCACGUCCCUGGAACGCCCAUCAUGUGCACUGAGUUUGGCGGUGUCAAUAUCGCGAGAGCCAAGGAUAGUGGGGAGAAUGUCCGCGACUGGGGUUACACAACCGCGAGCAACUCGGCGGACUUUUUGGCUAGGUUUGAGAAAUUAGUACGUGGUGUAACCGACGGCGGGCAUUGUUGCGCCUUUGUCUAUACGCAGUUGACUGAUAUCGAACAAGAGGCGAACGGACUAUACACAUUUGACCGCGCAGAGAAACUGAGUUCUGAAAGGGUCAAAGGCAUUAUUGACGAGUCACUACGACUAUGGUAUGAACGCAUUAGCCACGCAUAA